AUGGACGCACGCCAUGUAGAGAUCAAUAUAUUGAAGAAGAAGUUGGUGGAUAUCAAUCCUUUGGUUGAUCUGUCGGCUGAGGGAGACGAAGACCCUUUAUCAAAUGGUUAUGGAUUGCUAUUGGAUCCGGAUCAAGACCCUGAGAAGCUCAAGAAUGCAUUGCCACUGCUUCGAAAGUUCAACAGACACACAUGUACUUGGUGCAAUGGAUCAGCAUUACCAAAUGAGAAGGAUAGAGAUCAGGAGUUUGAGAAGAUAUUGAAGAACAAUCAAAAGAUAUUACAUGAUCAUGCUAUCUUGCAAGACUUGGAACAAACAAUACCUCAGGACUUGCCCAAGCUCAAGAUCCAGGAUCAGAGGAGAUACUUUGAAGGCCAUUCAAAUGAGCGUAACAUGGAUCAUGAAGAGGUAUGA